AUGGCUGAGUUGAGGGAGGAAGAAUACGUUCAUAAGGUCUACAAUGAGAUAGCGGGUCAUUUUUCAGAGACGAGGUAUAAGCCCUGGCCGAUAGUGACACAAUUUCUUGAAAGUCGACAGGUUGGCAGCAUUGGCAUCGACGUCGGUUGCGGCAAUGGGAAGUAUUUGAACGUGAAUCCGCAGAUUUUUCUAAUUGGCUCCGAUCGUUCAUCAGGGCUCAUACAAUGCGCUCGCGAGAUCGAUGGGCGUCACAACGUGCUGGUCGCCGACGGCAUGAGGCUGCCUCACAGGGACGGCACGUUCGACUUCGCUAUAUCGAUCGCUGUGGUACAUCACUGGACCACCCGGGAACGCAGAAUAGCGGCCAUUGGCCACAUUUUGAGCAAGCUGAGGGCUGGCGGAGAGGCACUGAUAUACUGUUGGGCGCUCGAGCAGCGCAGCUCCAGAAGAGGAUACCACGAGGGCAUGGAGCAGGACGUCCUGGUGCCGUGGGUCCUGCAGGAGAAGGGAAACAAGAGCUCGUUGCAGACAAGACAGGCGGCGGAGAAGCCCGAUCUGACAGACGUUCCCGCACAAGAAAGAGCUCGCUACAUCGCUAACUGGAGGAAAGAGAUGGAGGCAAGGAGGAUCGCAGAGCAGGAGAACGCCAGGAAGCGCCAGCUAGAAGAAGAGAAGAAGAACACGAAGUACAGAUUCUACCACUUGUACCGCGAGGGCGAGCUGGAGGAAGAUUGCACCAGCGCGGGCGGUACCGUGGUCUCGAAGGGAUACGAAAAGGACAACUGGUACGUAGUGGUGAGGAAGCCGGCACUAUAG